CCAUCUCUUCCACAUUUUUUCCGACAUCGUUAUUCUGCCAAUCGACGCUUAGUGGUAACCUCGAUUCGUCUUCCAACAUUUUUCCUCUCAUCCUACGUCGUCAACAACUUGGACUCCCUCACUACCUGCACUUCUCGAUUCCUUCACUACCUCCACCUUUCGACAUCGUUCUUCCACGUGUGGCUCUACACCUAUCUCCACUGUCCAACCAAUCAUCCUGAACAUGUCGGCACCUGUUAGUGUGACCCUAUCACUACUCAUGCAGGAAAUAAGAGGAGCAGAAAUGUGGUGGCGAUGUGGUGGCCACCACUCUGCGUAUCGAGUGUGGGAGAGCAAGGAGGCUGACAAGAAAAACACGAACAAUGAGCGUGGAGACCUGCGCUCGAAGGAUAGCGAAAUCUCGGAUCUCAAAAGCGAAUUGGGAGGGGUCAAGAAACAGUUGGAUGAAAUCACCAAUGUCACACAGGUGACAGGCCCCUCUAUGGGGUCGAACUCCGGGCAUUCGCAGGCCAUGUCAUUCGGACGUAUGGCCGGCCUUCGGGGCACGAUGUUGCCUCGUUGGGGAAACGUGUUUCUCUCUUGCCAAGCGGACGAAGAUGGGUGCAUUCGACAUCUACCGUGUCCUGAGUGGGAACACACGCUCGGGACGAUGCUCCCGUCUUUGACCCACUGGGCAGUGGGCUGUUCCCACGAGGUCCGCUCGGACCGAAAAAUCAUGCACUGCGGUCGCGCGCGCCCGCGAGAUCACUCCAAUGGGGGUGCGGGCGUGACCCUGCGCAGUCGCGGACGAUCCCAGACGUUCCUCGUGGACAAGACCCGAAAUCUGUCCACCCGUACCUCGCGUGCUGGGCUGCGUGCCGCAAGCUUCAACCGAAUCGCAAUCUCGCAGCUUGUAACCCAUGCAGAACACCAGCAUGGUGGACAGGAGACGAGGAACCGCGCGCACAAUCUGCGGGGCGGAGGAAGCAGUGGUGUGUUUUUUGAUUUUGAAAUUUGA